UUUGCCGAAAACAAAAGCUCAAUUCUUUCUUAAACCCCGAGACGAGAGCUCAGACAAUGCUCUUCGCACCAUGAACACUCACCGCCCGGUGAGGGCGCUGUCACGUGCCCUGUCACGUGCCCUAUCCCAGUCUACCUCCUCCUCCGCCGCACAACCCUCGUUCCCUCUGAAAAACGUGACCAAAUCGAACUUCGAGCCGGUUCUCGUCGAGCUCCGCCGCCACGUCGCCGCCGCCGACUUCGUGGCCGUCGACCUCGAAAUGAGCGGAGUCACCAGCGCGCCGUGGCGGGACUCGUUGGAGUUCGACCGCUCUGACGUCAGCUACCUCAAGGUCAAGGACUCGGCGGAGAAGUUCGCCGUGCUUCAGUUCGGCGUUUGCCCCUUUCGCUGGGACUCCUCCAAGAAAUCCUUCAUUGCUCAUCCGCACAAUUUCUAUGUUUUUCCACGUCAAGAGCUUCCUGUCGAAAGCCCCACUUAUGAGUUUCUCUGCCAGACUACAUCAAUUGACUUCUUAGCUAAAUACCAGUUCGAUUUCAAUAUGUGUAUACAUGAAGGAAUAUCUUAUUUAUCUAGAGGGCAGGAAAAUGAAGCACUGAGACGUUUUCAUUUGGCAUAUGAGGAUGGAUCUAAGUUGAAAGAAGUAAGGGAUGCCCCUUUGGUUAAGAUGGCUGACACUCUCUUCACUGAACGGAUGAAGAAUACAUUUACUGAGUGGCGUGAUGGGUUGUUCAGAAAUAAAAAUGGAGGGUUCCAAUUUCAGGGAAUCUCAAAUGACCGCCAGCAACAUUUAGAAACCAUUUUUUUCAAGAUGCGUCCUGCUCUUAGUCUAAAUGGAUUUACAUCUCAUCAGCUUAAAUUGAUUCAACUGGUCAUUAGAAGGCAUUUCCAAGAUCUUUCUUAUGUUCAGGUAAAUGGGGAAAAUUCAUGUCAACAGCAACUAGUUGUGCAUACAGAUUCGAAGGAUGACAGGGAGUCACUUAUGAAAGAGGUGAAGGAUGAGCAUCUUAGACAAGCAGAGACCAAGGUUCAAGCUGCGGUGGGGUUUCGUCAUGUUAUUGACCUUCUUUCCUCAGAAAAAAAGCUGAUUGUUGGUCACAAUUGCUUUCUGGAUAUUGCACAUAUAUACAGCAAAUUUGUAGGUCCUCUUCCUUCAACUGCUGAAGAAUUUGUAUCUUCUGUUAACAAGUGUUUUCCGCACAUCCUUGACACCAAAGUACUCUUGAAUGCUAAUAUUGGGCUUCAACAACGGAUGAAGAAAUCCCAAACAUCACUCUCGUCAGCAUUUGCAUCAUUAUGUCCACAAAUUUCACUGGGGGCGAAAAGCACUGAUCUGGCAUUCCAAUUGUGUGUCAAGGUUGAGGUUCAGGUUGAUGAUUUGAGGUCCUCCAACUGGAAUUCUGGAGCCAAACAUGAAGCUGGAUAUGAUGCUUUUAUGACAGGAUGUGUCUUUGCUCAGGCCUGCAGUCAUCUAGGUAUUGAUUUUGAAGCAUGUUUGCCCUCUGAAAAGUUGUCCCACAAUGAAAAGCUCCAGAAGCACAUCAACCUUCUAUUCCUUAGUUGGAGUAAAGGAGAUGUUAUUGAUUUAACAACUGGAAAUAAGAAUGCGAUGUCUGUAGGAUCUAAGAACAACAAAAAACGUUACUUGCAGAUUUCAUAUGAGAAAAUUGCUUUAAUAUGGGGAUUUUCAUCCAAGCUCAAGGCACGAGAGAUAAGAGAAUGCAUCUCCAAAGUCUUUGGCCUGACCUCAGUUGUAUCUAUCUAUCACUUGGAUGAAACUGCAGUGUUUGUUCAGUUUAAUAAGGAGAAAUUGGUCUCUGAGUUUCUCAGUUUGAAGGACACUUUAGAGAGAAAAGAUGGUCCUGCCUCGGUUUUGCAUCCUCUUGCAGGACUUUUGGAAGGUGGAAAUACCCGAGCUGCUGAUUAUGAAACUUACAAAGAAAUUUGUAGUUCACCCAACGCAAAAGUCUUGUUUGCAGAUCAGGCAGAGGCAUUUGGUAUCCAAUGGAAAACCAAGUUGGUCGAAGCUAAGGCAUCAUUGUGCCUAGGAUGUGAGAGUUCAGGUGAAAAAAAUGCUUUGAAUCCUGCUUCAAAGUCCGAUGAAAAAUCUGAAAGAAAGAACAUGGAAAAUGUGCAGAGUGAUUCAUCUACUGCAUGUGUCUCAAACUAUAAGAUUAUAGAUUCUUUGAUUGCUUCUAGAGGCGAUAAGAUCAGAACUAAUUUGUGACUGGUUCUAGGUUUUGCUGAAUCAGUUGCUGAAGUUAAUUUAUACAGAUUCUAUUUACUGAGAAUUAUAUAUACUUUCAUUAGGAAUGUGGCAUCAGGAACAGAAGAAAUCACUGUACUAAAAUGGCAUUUUUUUUCGAGAGCCAAGUAAUCAUAACAUGUCUUACUGAUUUUCA